AUGGCUCCCAGGACAGGUGCUGAGACCCCACUUAGAUGUAGACUCUGUUUGGGGGCUAAAAGCCAUGAUGCCCACCCAAUACUAGUUUUGACACUCUUUGCCAGUGUGCUGGUGACUUGGCUUGAAGCUGCUAAACACACUGUAGGUUUCCAGGCUCCCUGGAACAUCUCCCAUCCACUCAGCAUGCAAAGGCUGGGUGCAGGCCUCCAGAUUGCCAUGGACGAGAUCAACUCAGAGCUGGCAGACCUUGGAAACUUCAGCUGGGGCUUCACUUACACCAACUCAGCCUGCAGCGCCAAGGAGUCUCUUGCUAUUUUCACUAAUCAGGUCCAGAGAGAAAGGAUUUCUGCCCCGUUUGGACCAGCAUGCCCAGAAGCAGCAGAGGUUAUUGGUUUGCUGGCCUCUGAGUGGAAUAUCCCCAUGUUUGACUUUGUUGGACAAACAGCAAAAUGGGAGAGUGACUUCUUGGAUGCCUGUGUGAAACUUGUGCCACCCAUGCAUGUAACUGGUGAUGUGCUCCAGAAAAGUCUCUGGUACCUGGGCUGGAAACACAUCGGGAUGUUUGGAGGUCACUGCAGGACUUCCUCCUUGGAUAGGGUGGAUGAAUUGUGGCGGGUUGUAGAGAAUAGACUCAAAUCCCAUUUCACCAUCACAGCCAGGGUGAGAUACACCAAUGAUGACCCAGCCCUUCUGCAAGAGGAUCUUAGGAUCCUGUCAGCGAUUGCCAGGGGAGUCACCGGUCCCGUGUUGGUGGAUUCCCAGGGAGAAAGGCGUAUGGAUUACUCAGUCUGUGCCCUGCAGAAAUCCGGAAACGGGUCUCUCUUUCUUCCUGUUCUUCACUAUCGCAGCUAUCAGAAAGCGAUCAGACCUGUGAGGAAUUUCUCCACUAUCACUUGGCCCCACAGCUCACUUCCUGAAGGCAGACCUGGCUGUGGAUUUUACAAUGAGCUCUGUGAAGCUCAGCCUACUUUUAUAGGUCAGCUCUCAGUGCAUGUGACUGCUGUGAUUCUCACCACCACCCUCCUGAUUACUGCCUUGGGAGCUGCCAUCAUAGGUCUGAUUUUAAAGAUGCAGAAGGGAAAACUGCUGAGGCAAAAUAAAGACGUUUGGUGGCAAAUCCGUUAUGACGACAUCACUAUUCUGCCUCAAAACAAGCCAUCCUAGAGAGGCACACCUGUAUCAAGAGGGAACAGCAGUGGCUCAUGUAGCAUGAUGAUUCCUGGGGACUUCAGCUCCUUUGUCAAGAGCCAGCAGGGGGAAGAGCUCUUUUAUGCCCUGAUAGGGCUUUACCAGGGAAACCAUGUGGCCAUCUGCUGUGUUGGUGACCAAGCAGAAGCCUGGAUCAGGAAGCCAUCUGUGCUGCAGGAAAUCUGGCUGGUGUAUGAAUUAAGGUAUGAAAACAUUGUUCCCUUCUUUGGUAUUUGCACAAAACCACCCAACACCUGCAUCAUCACCCAGUAUUGCAAAAAAGGAAGUCUUAAGGAUGUUUUGAGAAACUCAGAUAAUGAAUUGGAUUGGAUAUUCAAAUUCUCAUUGGCGUAUGACAUAGUCAAUGGCAUGCUGUUCCUCCACAGGAGCCUGCUGGGGUCCCAUGGCAACCUGAACCCUUCCGCCUGCCUGGCGGAUGGCCGGAUGCAGGUGAAGCUGUCGGGGUUUGCGCUGUGGGAACUCGAGUAUGGCCAGACAUACAGAAUAUAUAAUGAGAAAACAGUGGACUGCUCAGGAAUCGUCAGCUGAAUCAGAGACUCCUUGGCCUCUGUUCCACUUGGACCUUCCCUGUCAGAGGAGAAGGGCAAUGAAAAGAUCGCGGUUCUGGUGAGGGCAUGUCGGGAUGAACCUCCAGGGAAAAGGCCCACGUUCCCUUCCAUCAAGAAGAUUUUACGAGAAGCCAGUCCCAAAGGCCACGUGAACAUACUAGACAGUAUGGUGAGCGAGCUGGAGGUGUACGCCAAUCGCCUGGAGGAGGUGGUGGAAGAGAGGACCAACCAGCUGAUGGCAGAGAAGAGGAAAGUCGAUAAGCUUCUCUCCACAAUACUUCUCAGCUUCAUUGGAGAACAGCUCAUAGCUGGAAGGUCUGUGGAACCAGAAUAUUUUGAGUCUGUGACCAUCUUUUUCUCUGACAUUGUUGGAUUCACAAAACUCUGUUCUCUCGGCUCCCCCUUGCAAGUCGUAAAUGACCUGUACAGUUUAUUCGAUCACAUCAUUAAAACAUAUGAUGUGUAUAAGGUCGAAACCAUUGGGGAUGCAUACAUGGUAGCCAGCGGACUUCCCAUCCACAGUGGAACCAAGCAUGUGGACGAGAUUGCCACGAUGUCCUUGCAUUUCCUCAGUGCCGCCGUCCACUUCCAGACUGGGCACAUGCCUGAGGAGAAGCUCAAGCUUCGGAAUGGCUUCCACACAGGUCCCGUGGUGGCCGGCAUGGUGGGAAUCACCAUGCCCAGAUACUGUCUGUUCAGAGACACUGUGAACAUGGCAUCCAGAAUGGAAAGCGGCACUUUGCGUGGGUAUCACUUACGGCAGUUUACAAACACAAUAUCGCUGUCCCUCUAG